GCCACACCUGACGCCUGCGCAGUGAGUCGGCGAGGGGUCCACCCGCGGGGCGGUGGCAGUUGGCUCCGCCGCGCACUGUGCGGGUGUUACACGGCCGCGCGGCGCGGGGCGUUACAGGACGCGGGCACCGUCGGGCCCGCGCGACGUGGGGGCUGCCGAGGUCACCGGGCCGGGGUCCGUGAGCAGCCGCGAUGUCCAUCUUCACGCCCACCAACCAGAUCCGCCUGACCAAUGUGGCCGUGGUCCGCAUGAAGCGCGGGGGGAAGCGCUUCGAGAUCGCCUGCUACAAAAACAAGGUCGUCGGGUGGCGGAGCGGCGUGGAAAAAGACCUCGAUGAAGUUCUGCAGACCCACUCAGUGUUUGUAAAUGUUUCUAAAGGUCAGGUUGCAAAGAAGGAAGAUCUCGUCAGUGCAUUUGGAACAGAUGACCAGACUGAAAUCUGUAAGCAGAUUUUGACUAAAGGUGAAGUUCAAGUAUCAGAUAAAGAAAGACACACCCAGCUGGAGCAGAUGUUCAGAGACAUUGCAACUAUUGUGGCUGACAAAUGUGUAAAUCCUGAAACCAAGAGGCCCUACACUGUAAUCCUUAUCGAGAGAGCGAUGAAGGACAUCCACUACUCAGUCAAAACCAACAAGAGCACAAAACAGCAGGCUUUGGAAGUGAUAAAGCAGUUAAAGGAGAAUAUGAAGAUCGAACGUGCUCACAUGAGACUUCGGUUCAUUCUCCCACUGAAUGAAGGGAAGAAGCUGAAAGAAAAACUCAAGCCACUGAUCAAGGUUGUGGAAAGUGAAGACUACAGCCAACACUUAGAAAUCGUGUGUCUCACUGACCCCGGCUGCUUCCGAGAAAUUGACGAGCUAAUUAAGAAGGAGACAAAAGGCAAAGGUUCUUUGGAAGUCCUCAAUUUGAAAGACGUGGAAGAAGGAGAUGAAAAAUUAGAAUGACACCAGUCUCUUCAGCUUUCUGACACUACAAGGGUUUUCAUUUCGCAGUCCUUUCUGUGGUCUGCCAAAAUAACUUGCUCACACUUGACGUUUGCUAUCUUUGUGUUACACGUGUACACAGACUUUCCUUACUAAGUAUUACCAUAUGGGAUUCAUUUACUUUCCUUUAUAAAUUGAGACUUUAGCCAAAAAUGAAAAAUUCAGUGUACAAAAUGCAGAACACUUUGCUUCUGUCCUUGCCCUUGUAGCUUUCCAAGGUGAAAGUUAUUUGAGGCAGUCCUUACGAAUGGAAGGUUAAUUAAUUGUAGGAGGACAUUUCUGUGACAGGUAUUUGCUGAGAAAACAUGAUGAGUUAAUCCUAUGUGUGUAUAGGAUAAUUUUCUUUUGUAGCCUAAUAGAAAACUUGGAUGAUGACUUCCUGAUUAGCUGGAAAAGAGACAGAUACACAGUGACUGGGCAGGAACUGAAGGGGCUUCCUUGACAAUACUGCCAUGACCUGGGUCAGUCCCAUUAUAAAGUAGUUUAUUUCUGAUUUUUAAAGUUUAUAAUAUAUAUAUUAAUAUGGCUAAAAUUAUAAUCAAUAAAACCACUAUUUUUAUUAA